AAGUUCGUUUUCGACCAUGACCACCCCAGCCAUUAUUCACGACAGCAAAUUCUACCUCCCAGAUGGAGAUCUCGCGAUGUGCUCGUCUUCCUCACAGGAGGGCUCAAUGACGAUUUUCCGCGUCCACAAGCCCGUGAUGGUGUACAAUUCACCUGUCUUUCGGAGCAUGCUUGACUUGCCUGUGGCCCUAGAAGGCCAGGAGAGGCAUGACGGUGUACCCGUCGUCAGAGUCACGGAUUCCGCAGAAGAGCUACGCGCGCUUCUGGAUGCAUUAUACGACCCAGGAUCGCUGUCCAUCUCGCGGUGGAACCCAGACGCGCCGCUGCUUCUAGCUCCAGUCAUGAGGCUUGCCACCAAGUACCAGGUUGAUUCUGUGCGGAAACGUGUCGUCGGGAUUAUCGAGGACAGCUGGCCGCGCUCUUUCGAGCAGUGGCUGCGGUUCAAUGGCGAGGUUUCUGCGUUGCAGAAACUGUACAAAACUGGGGACAAGUCGCUCACUGGCGGCAUACCCUUCGCCGAUCAUAUUCCCGAGCCCGCCGCUGCCAUUCGGUUCGCCCGCGAAUUCGGGGUCUCAUCCAUUUUACCAUUCGCGUACUACGUACUCGCUGGUAUCCCAUCGACUAAGGAUUGGGACAGGUACCACCACAUAUCUGCGCUCAAUGACGUCCUAUCAGCAUUACCUGUUCGCGUCGCGCGAUGGGGCCUACUCGACAACGUCGACUUGAUCCGGGUUCUCAGCGGGAGAGAGGAGCUUGUUUGGCACAUCGUGUCCAACAAGGAGUGGGUCGACAUCCACACCGUGAAGACAGCACUCAUGAACAGUGAAGAGAACUGCUCUGCGGACGACUCUAAUCUCUGCAGCACUAGAGCAGACGAGGUGCUGAAGAGGUGGGAAGAGGAUAUGUCCGUGCCCUCACGAGCAGUUGGGUGUCCUGACCCUCUGAACGUCCUCGAGCAUAUGUGUAAUGGCCAACAGGCGUGGGGAGCAUUCAGUGACCGUGUGACAGCCUUCCGCAUCCACAAGCAGGUCAUGGCGUACGAUUCGCCGAUCUUCCGAGGCAUGCUCAACUUACCUGCGGUCGCGGAAGUGUGGAAGAGAUACGAUGGUACACCCAUUGUGAGGGUCACAGACACCACAAUGGAGUUGCACGCACUCCUGGACGCGUUGUACAAUCCAGGAUGAGUACUACACGAGGUUCCGUAUGGCAGGUCUGC